GCUGUCAGUAUAAAUUUGAUGCUUGUAACAUGCGUUUCUCUCCGAAAAAUUUGACAAGUAGUCUGUCUAGCUGUCGACUUUUUCGAAAUAUACAGCGUAAUGUGAUUUUCGGGGAAUCAAUACAGUGGGAAACGGCUAUGCGGGUUAGCUGAAACCUAGCAGUUAAAUACAUUGUAUUUUAAAAUCAGGGAUUUAUAGCUGUUCAUUGAUCAACAUUACUUAUAAACAUGACAUCAAGGCUGGAUAGGCUAUUCAUAUUAUUAGAAACAGGGACAAAUGCAGUAACUAAAAGAGCUGCAGCACAACAGUUAGGAGAAGCACAAAGAUUACAUCCUCAUGAUUUACAUCAUUUAUUAGCAAGAGUUUGUACUCUACUAAAAUCUCCACAAUGGGAUACUAGAGUUUCAGCUGCACAAGCUAUACAAGCUAUACUUGCUCAAGUCCCUGUUUGGGAUCCAUUACCUAUUAAAAAAGAAACACAUACAGAAGAUAGUGGAAUAAAAAAAUCAAAUAAUAAGUUAAAUUUGGAAGAUUUUGAUAUGGAAAAGAUUUUAGCACGUAGUUCACAUCUUACUGGAUCAGAAGGCAGUGAAUAUGAUUUAAUUGCUGUUGAUGGAGAACAAAUGCUACUUCCCAAUCAAGAAGAAAAAAUUGCUGCUAAAUUAGGUCUUCAUCCACAAUUAAUAGGAGUUGAUACAUCAGAAUUGUUUACAGCUGAAGAUCUUACUCCAAUAGUAUUACCACCUACCUCAAAUAUACAAACUAAAAUAUCUCUGAGUGAAACAUUAAAACAAUCUGGUGGUCUUAGUAGACGUGAAAUGAAUAGAGCUAGACGUAAGGCACGACAAUCGGUUUCGAAACGUUCACGAGAAUCGGAUGACCAUCGUAACAACGAAGAUUAUCAUAAUAAUUCAAAUGCUCAAUCUCCCGUUAGUACGGGAGAAUUAAAUAAAAAAAUUAAAUUAGAGGAAGUAAUUUCAUCAGAAAUUGGCAUUAAUUAUACACAGACUGAAUCAAGCAAUGGAGUACCAGAUAGUACUGGUUGCUGGCCGGAAACUUUGAUAGAUUGGCCUUUAGAAUCGUUUACAGAAAAUCUUUGUCAAGAUUUAUUUAGUCAAAAAUGGGAAAUAAGACAUGGCGCAGCAACUGCGUUACGAGAACUCAUAAAACUUCAUGGGAAAAGCGCAGGUAAAUCAAGGGAUCAAACUAUAGAAGAAAUGGCAGAAAGUCAUUAUCAGUGGCUUAUUGAUGCCGCUCUGCGAUUAUUAUGUGUCUUAGGACUAGAUAGAUUUGGCGAUUUUGUUUCUGAUCAAGUAGUUGCACCUGUACGAGAAACGUGUGCCCAAGCACUAGGUUCUCUUUUAUUAUUAGUGCCAAAUAAAAAUGAUAAUGAAGAUAAAAAUGGAGGAAUUAUAGGAAUACUUUCAGUUAUGCUAAAACUUUUAGAACAUGACGAAUGGGAAGCUAGACAUGGUGCAUUACUUGCACUUAAAUAUUUGCUUGCUGUACGAGAUGAUUUAUUAGAUGACAUUUUACCAAGAAUAUUUCCAGCUACUAUGAAAGGUCUUUCUGAUCCAGUUGAUGAUGUAGGUGCUGCUGCAGCAAGUGCACUUAUACCAGUAGCAUCUGCUUUACCACGUUUAUUAAAACCAUCAGAAUUGGAAGCAAUUAUAAUUCGUCUUUGGGAACUUUUACGUGAACAAGAUGAUCUAGCAGCAGCAUGUAAUAGUUUUAUGGGAUUACUUGCUGCUAUACUUUCAUUACCUUCGGCACGUGCUUGUCUUACACCUCAACCAUUGUCGCAAGUUUUACCACGACUAUGGCCAUUUCUUAGUCAUUCUAGUUCGAGUGUACGUAAAGCCACUCUACAAACAUUACAAACAUUAACUGGAGAUGACGGUGCUCAUAAUGAAAAUAAAAAAGAACGAUGGGGCGAAGGAGGUGGAUUUGUAUUACAAGAAGCUCUUCGUCAUGUUUUUCAACGCGUGCUGAUAGAACAUGUAAUUGCCAUACAAGAUGUAGCUGAACGUGUUUGGGAAAAUCUAGUCGUACAAAGUGAUCUCGAACUUCUAUUGCAUGCUGCGUGUCCUCUUGUCAGCACUUGGCUCUGUCUUGCUAUGCAACCGGAACACGUGCCAUUUAAUCCGAACUUACUAAUGAUAAUAAGUUCUAGUAAAGCAGCUAAAAGUAACCAAGUUAUUGGUAUUUGCGAUGGACAAUCAGAUGUUACUAAUAAUGGAGGAAAUAAUAAUGUCAGCACAAAUGUAAAAUCCAUAUCUGAAUUAAAAGUUUAUAUUGGUGGAAUUGAAACUGUAGCUCAAAAUAUAAGAAAAUCAAAUGUAGUUCAGGCUCGUUGUAGAGCUGCACGAAUGCUAGGAUUGUUAUCGCAUUACGUAGUACAACCUGCACCAGGUGUUACUUACACACCAGAUGUACCUAGUCCUUCACUUUGUUAUGCUAAAGUAUUACUGGCACAUCUUAAUUCGCGCUCGGCAUUGCAACGCACUGUUGCAGGUUUAACGAUGUCUCAUUGGGCGACUGUAAAUAACAUGAAACCUCCUACAAUACCAGAUAUUCUAAGGAAGAGACUAUUGGAGUGUUUGAACGAAUGCGUAUACUAUGACGAGAUCGCCACAUCUUUUACUCGUCUACUACACGACAGUCGUGAUUACAUUGCUACUCUCAAACAUUAUAAAUUGCCUGUUCCUAUCGAAAUAGAUGCAUCGGGAGUAAUGACUCUCGAUCAAAUUGCAAAUCUUGCUGGAAAGCCAAUUUCAGAACUUUGUGCCAUGGGCAAUGCAACAAGCUCCGGAGGAUCCAGCGGAAAUAUUAGCGGCUCUAGUACGAUUAAGUUGAAGCCAAAGUUGAUCGAAAGUUUAGAAGAUAGACGAAAAGCAUUAGAAAUAGGUGCUGCCGAUACAGCAGCCCAGCAACUUUCGUACAAUGUUAUGUCAAUGGCAGCACUUGCUGGUGCUGCUACGAUGUUACAUUGUCUUCCUCCGUCCCCGCAACCUUUGAAUCCAUUGGUAAAACCAUUAAUGGAAUCUAUCAAACGUGAAGAAAAUGAAGAGUUACAAAAGUUAGCUGCAAAGCAUUUGUCAUAUCUAGUUGAUCUUUGUGUAGAUAGAAAACCUUCUCCUAAUGCAAAGAUAUCGACCAAUUUAUGUACAUUCCUAUGUUCGGAUAUUGAAUUUACACCUCGUGUGAAUUGUAAUACAGACUCAGAUCUAUUUGAUGGAAUUCUUACUUUGAGCAAUAGACAAAAACAUGCUGAAAGAAUAGCUUAUAAUCGAGGCGCCAAUAGUGGACUUGGUGGAAGCAGAGGACCUGGUCGACCACCAACAACUGAAAUUCCUUUAGAAGAACUACUUGCUUGCGAGGAACCUGAAGCUAAAGCUGCUAGAACUCGUCGUCGUGGAGCUACUUUAGCACUUACUGCUAUAGCUACGCUAUUUGGUUCACAAUUACCUACACGUUUACCACAUCUUUGGGAAUUAAUUUUACCGAACAUAUUACGUGAAGAGGAUAAAAUCGUUAGUCGUGAAAAUACUCAAGAAGAAGUAAAUCAGUUAAUUUUUGGUUUACAAGUUUUAGAAAUUAUGGCACCCAGUCUUGAUAAAGCUUUACUGCCUCCCGCUCUAGAAUGUCUUUCAUGUUUAUGUCAAUUAUUGGCUCAUCCUUACAAAGCUGUUAGACAUAUGGCAUCAAGAUGUAUUGCUAUAUUAGCUACAUUAGAUACUGAAAAGAUUAUGACUCAUGUUACGCGCCGAAUAAUACCGCUUCUAGAAGCAACUGGCGGAGAAAAAAUAUAUUCAACAACUGUAGUAGCACCGAAUGAAGUAGAUACAAUAAGACAGGGUGGAGCUGAAGCAUUAACGUGCCUUGUCGAAAGUUUAGGUGUUAAUAUUGUUCCAUAUGCUGUACUCUUUAUGGUUCCUUUACUUGGUCGUAUGAGUGAUCAAAAUCAGGCUGUAAGAUUAGCUUGUAGUGCUACAUUUGCAACACUUGUACAAUUAUUACCUCUUGAUCCUGGUGCAAUUGCAGAUCCACCAGAUUUAGUAGAAAAGAAAGCACAAGAGCGACGAUUCUUAGAACAACUUUUAAAUCCACGCAGUAUUCCAGAUACCGAAUUACCGAUUUUAGUAGCUGCCGAAUUACGUUCUUAUCAGAGACAAGGCUUAAAUUGGUUAAAUUUCUUAAAUCGUUAUCAACUUCAUGGAGUUUUAUGUGAUGAUAUGGGUCUUGGAAAAACAUUACAAACUCUUUGUAUAUUAGCUUUAGACCAUCAUCGCAAUCCUCAUGCUCCACCAAGUCUAGUGGUUUGUCCACCAACUCUGACUGGUCAUUGGGUAUAUGAAGCAGAAAAGUUUUUCGAAACCAAAGAUCUUUCGGUAUUACAAUAUGCUGGCACACCACCCGAACGUGAAAAAUUACGUCCAAGAGUUACUUAUCACAGACUUGUUGUAGCCAGUUACGAUAUAGUACGUAAAGAUAUUGAUUAUUUUGAAACUCGUCAAUGGAAUUAUUGUGUACUUGACGAAGGUCAUGUUAUCAAAAAUGGAAAAACAAAAAGUGCGAAGGCAACUAAACGAUUGCAUGCAAAUCAUAGACUUAUACUCUCGGGAACACCAGUACAAAAUGACGUUCUUGAAUUAUGGUCCUUAUUCGAUUUUUUAAUGCCAGGUUUUCUAGGCACUGAAAAACAAUUUGCGGCAAAGUACUCACGUCCUAUUCUAGCUUGUAGAGAACCAAAAGCUGGUCCAAAAGAACAAGAGGCUGGAGCUCUUGCUAUGGAAGCACUUCAUAGACAAGUUUUGCCAUUUUUAUUGAGACGAAAUAAAGAAGAUGUUCUUCAAGAUUUACCACCCAAAAUUACACAAGAUUACUAUUGUGAUUUAUCAUCGUUACAACGUAUGUUAUAUGAAGAUUUUCGUACUCGACAUUCUGCUACUUUGUUAUCUUCUACAUCAUGUACUUCCACCGGAAAUGAUUCACAUGGUGGCCACGUUUUUGAAGCUUUACGAUAUCUACGUAAUGUUUGCAAUCAUCCUAAAUUAGUCUUGAAUCAACGACAUCCAUUAUAUACAUCAAUAUGCAAUACAUUGAAACAACAAAAGAGUACUUUAGCAGAAAUAGAACAUGGAGCUAAGUUACCUGCAUUAAAACAAUUAUUAUUAGAUUGUGGCAUAGGACAACCACAACAACAACAAAGUCGCAAUUCUGUAUCUGCUGGUAGUACUCCAGAUAAUCAACCACCGCAACAGCAACAAUUAGUGAGUCAACAUCGAGCUCUUAUUUUUUGUCAAUUAAAAGCGAUGUUGGAUAUUGUAGAAAAAGAUCUUCUUCGUAUACAUCUACCAACGGUUACGUACCUUCGUCUCGAUGGAAGUGUACCAGCGGCACAAAGGCAUUCCGUAGUAGCACGUUUCAAUGCUGAUCCAUCUAUAGAUGUGCUUUUGUUAACAACUCAAGUUGGUGGUCUCGGAUUAAAUUUAACUGGUGCAGAUACUGUUAUAUUUGUAGAGCAUGAUUGGAAUCCCAUGAAGGAUCUCCAAGCGAUGGAUCGAGCACAUCGAAUUGGACAAAAAAAAGUAGUAAAUGUAUAUAGAUUAAUCACAAGAUCAACAGUAGAGGAAAAGAUUAUGGGAUUACAGAAAUUCAAACUUCUUACUGCAAAUACUGUAAUUUCAACAGAAAACGCGUCUUUGGAAACAAUGGCAACAGAUCAGCUACUAGAUUUAUUUUCAUUGGAUGAUAAAGGAAAAAAACAAGAAACAAAAGAUGAUGAUAUACCCAAGAUUACUGGGGUUCCAGGCAUUAGUCGUUCUGUCCUAGAAAUUCUUCCUGAAUUAUGGGAACAACAACAAUAUGAUGAUGAAUAUGAUUUUGACUCCUUUCUGUCUACUUUAAAGGCUGAUAACCUGUGAGCUUAUGAUUUUAUACAUCAGUAUCAUCAAUGACAUAAUAAUGUAAUAACAUAUUAAUACAUAUUUAAAAUUUUAUCACUUUAAAAAUGAACAUAUGUAAAUCAGACCUGAUAGCAAAACAGUGAUUCUAUUAAUUUUUUAGACUGAAAAUAACAAAUAUUCAAUGAAUGUAUAAAAAUAUAAGAUUUAAAUUAGUUAUAGAUAUAUAUAUAUAUAUAAAAAAAAAAAAAAAAAACUUAGAUAAAUAAGUUGGAUAAUAUUGAUUAAGUACUAGAAGUAAGUAAGUUUUGUUUAUUUAUAAUAACUUAUAAAAAUGUCGAUACAAUUACAAUUCCGUAUUUGUACCAAA